CAUCAACCCGAUGCAAUGACUCUGCAAUGUGAAAAAGUAUUUCAAACAAAUUGGCGAUGUACAUCACUGCGGAACAUCCUAUUCGCCGUCGAUUGCAUAAAAAAAUUAAAUUCAAUUUCAAUUUCGAAAGAAUAUCAAAAGUUUAAUCUGUUUUGGCAAAAAAAAAAAUAAAAUAAAAUAAAAAUAAAAAAUAGAUAUGUCUUUGAAUCGCAAUUAUCGAAAAAAGCUUAUGGAAUAUAGAAGGUCGGUAAGAGAAACGACAUCGGUGGCAAACAUGGAAAUGACAUCUCAACACAACGAACAGCAAUUUCCCACAAUUGGUUUACAUACUGAGGCAAAUGGUUCGCUUUCGUCGAAGGACACAACUGGUGACACUUUGACUGUACUAGCGAGAAUAACAUCUAAGUAUAAACACAAUGGUUCCAUUGCAACUAAGGCUGUCCCAUAUAAAUCAUUUGGUGAUUCUUUGUCGACAAAGACGGAGGCCCUUUCUUUAAAGGACUCGUUGAACAGUGAAUACAAAGAUUACUCCUUAAAAUCUAAGAUGACAGCCUACAGUGAUUUAGUAGGAACAAAGAACGAGUCUCGAAAUGUAAAUUUGAAGGGAUCAAAUAAUGAAUUGCAGCCAGUCAGAAACGAGGUAUAUCCUUCGACUACCAAGGGCACAUCAUAUAGUGAGUCCUUGACACUAAAGCCUUCUCCAACGACUAGAAGUUAUUUGUCAUACAAUGAGUCACCUAUGGUAUCCUUCUCAUUAGACAACUCGGCCCCAUCGAAAAAUGCAGCAAAGGGUACAACCUCGUUUGAAUUACUGGAAUCGAAAAAUAUACACGACUUAAGGACAACUCUUACGCUACCAAAAAGUGGAUCUCCACAUAGAGCAAAAUCCCGCUCGCCAUCAUCCUCUCCACAACCAAACAAGCAGAAUGAAGGUGCAAGUGAAAAAAGCAUCCUGUACGAACCUGUUGGUAAAUACAUCAAUUGGAGAAACGAUCAUGCAAUUCUGGCUUCCAUGCCAUGGUGUUGUAUUGGUGACUUAAUGGCUUUUUGCGACAAAUAUGAAUUCAAAGCGGUAAGCAGUACCGCCAGCAGAACCCACGCAAGCAUCUUGAACGAAGUGCGUGCCUUGUUGAGCGGAUGUGCUCCUUUUGCUGAAAAUAAACGCUUUCCUUCCCACAUUCGAAAUCCUGAAAAUUUAAUGCUGUGUCUCGGUCGCAGUCCAAGCAUAGAAUACCAUUUGGGAAGAAUACAGAGCGCAUUUCGAAGACCCCUUGAAACUCUUUCUCCGGAUAAGCAACGUAUAGCCAGACAAAACUUCCAUUUGGCCAUUAGGGAGUUACGUUUGGAUAUAUCAGCGCGUCUCACUGGCCUUCGUUUGUACGAUCAAAAAGUGUUUGAAAGAGAUUUCCACUUGACGUGGGUGGAUAAUGCAGAGUAGCCGCCGAUUUAUUUCUAACAAAAUAAUUGAUACUGAAUUGGUAUUUCAAUUCGCAUUUGCGAUCAAAUAAACGUUUAGUUUGAAUAUACACUGCA